GGAAUAUUUCACAAUGACUUGUCGAAUAGCAUUAGUUCAGCGAAAUAUUUAUGAUAAAAGUAGCAUCACAUAGUGACUAUUUGUAAAAGAAUGGAAUUCGAUACCGAAUUUCGUAUCAGUCAAUGUAUGAGCAUAAAGGUUUUACUUCUGUAGGUCAUUUGGCUGCGCCUAGUUAGAACACUUCAGAGAUGCCUGCCAAACGGCGGUUCACCUCUCGUUUUCCCACGGUAUGUUUAUAAUCCCUAAGUAUAGUUUACACCAAUGUAAUUUAUUUGUGUUAAAUCACCCAAAUUUUUUUCAGACAAGGAUAAAGAAAAUCAUGCAACUGGAUGAAGAAAUCGGAAAACUAACUGCUACUGUACCUCCAGUUGUUUCACGUUCUCUUGAGUUGUUUCUUGAACAGCUGUUAAAUCAAGCGUACCAGUUCACGUCAACGCGGAGUUCGAAGACAAUUAGUCCUGGGAUUAUCAAAUAUGUCAUUGAGAAUGAACCUCGAUUUGCUUUCCUCCGAUCCCUUGUUGCGGAUAUUCCUGAAUUGAAGCCUAACAGUCGGAAACCAAGCAAUUCUAAAAGCAAUAUCGACUCGGAUGCACAGUCAGAAAGCAGUGAUGCCUCUUUAUCAGGUGUUGAUGAACCUCCUCCCAGGAUCUUGUCUUCAAAUACGAAAAAGUCAGCUCGACAAAAACGUCGACAGUCGCCAUGCUCCCAAAACGUUAAUAAGCGCAUGCCUUCUUUGGAUGGAAAUCCAGGUUCAUUAGCACAAGAUCUUGGCUCUUCAGUGGAUUUAAUGUCAGCAAAUAAAGCCAGUAAGGUCCGCAGAAAUGGUAAAAGCGUCAGUAAUUCAGAGACUAGUUCCGUUUCAUUUGACAGUUCUAGUGUUCGUAAUGAAGGUCUAGUCGAUUGUCGAUAUACCGAAGCAUAGUAUGCCUGUUAAAGGUACUUGUAAUUAUCACCUUUGUUUAAAUACCCAUUUGAAAUAUCUUGUUUGUUCUGUCAUUGUAUCAAAUCCUAGAAUCCUCACUGUACAGAAAAAACCCCAUUGUUUAACUAUUCAGAAAUGUUAAAUAUAUGUUCUUAUCACAAUUGUUUACCAUGUGUUACAUGACUUGAGGUGACGUCCCUUAUUCUUUCGCAAAGUGGUAUGUUUCCUGAGGCACUUCUUUUGCUGUGUCAAAGCCCUGAAGCUUCUGAGAUUUAAGGGGGUACUUCUUUCGACGUAAUACGAAUUCCUCACACAAGUGGCGUGGCAAAUAAAAGUUUUACAAAUUGGAAGAAGAGGCGGACAGCGAAAACAGGACUUCAGGUGAACAUAAUGAAGAUACCUAACCACCACCGACAAACAUUCAUCACCACCAGCACGAGAAAUUCGAGAAAAGUCACUUCCUUCACUUAUCUAGGAAUCAUCUUUUCAACUACAGGCGGCAUAAAUGAAGAUAUCAAAGCCAGCUAACAAGCUAGCCAGCCAAGAUCGGAAAAGCAAGAUAGACC